GCUUUACUCAGUCCACAGGAGUCAAGUGUGAAUCUCGUAGAGAAAAGCCCCACAAAACACACAUAGAAAUAAUAUUUAAUCAAAUAUCUGGGCACCCUGUGAUCUAGCAAUGUUGAUAUAAAAAAUAAUCAACCAUCAUACUAUAUACAGUUACUGACUUAGUAGGGCUAGAGCAAUCAAGGAUAACUUUUGUCAUGCAUUUAAACUCAAAUAGCUACACACAGCUCUGGUUACUGCACUGGGUUACAGAGCAAGCAGUUGUUUCUCUCCUAGAAUGAAGCAUUGAUCUAUGCUAUAGGAACACUCUGGAGUAUUUCUACCUGUCAUUUUGGACACUCCCUCUGGGAAAAGCAGGAUGCCAUGGUAGAAGUCCGGUUCCCUAAGAGUACUAUGUACUAAAGCAGCAUAAGCUAGCCACAGACAAGAGUGCACUGGGAGAUGGACGUCACAUCUAUUUGAUGAGCCAUCUCAUCUGAAGCAUCAGAAAUGUGAAUAAAGAAACCAUACUAGACUCAAGCAGAUCUUCAGUCCCAAGAACAGAUGGCUAUGGAUAACUCGUAUGGUUUUAGUCAACAAAACUCAUGUAAUGGGAUUUCAUCUGAGAAGAAUAACUUCCUUGUAUCAGAAGAUCAUGGACAGAGAAUCUUAAGUGUACUACAGAAUUUUAGGGAACAGAACGUCUUUUAUGAUUUUAAAAUAAUUGUGAAAGAUGAAGUAAUCCCCUGUCAUCGUUGUGUGCUAGCAGCAUGCAGUGACUUUUUCAGGGCUAUGUUUGAAGUAAACAUGAAAGAAAGAGAUGAUGGAAGUGUUACCAUUACUAAUUUAUCUAAGAAAGCAGUAAAAGCAUUUCUUGACUAUGCUUAUACAGGAAAAACAAAGAUAACAGAUGAUAAUGUGGAAAUGUUCUUCCAGUUGUCAUCAUUUCUUCAAGUUUCCUUCCUAUCCAAAGCUUGCAGUGACUUUUUAAUAAAAAGUAUUAAUCUUGUCAAUUGCUUACAGUUAUUAUCUCUAUCAGACAGCUAUGGCUCUGCCCAUUUGUUUGAUCAUGCACUAUACUUUGUACAGCAUCACUUUUCUUUAUUAUUUAAGUCUUGUGAUUUCUUGGAGAUAAAUUUUGGAGUACUACAAAAAUGUCUGGAAUCAGAUGAACUGAAUGUUCCUGAAGAAGAAAUUGUACUGAAAGUUGUACUUAGUUGGACUAAACAUAACUUAGAAUCAAGGCAAAAGCAUCUGCCUCACUUGAUCAAAAAAGUAAGAUUGCACCAGUUAUCUGAGGAGACACUUCAAGAUUGUCUGCUCAAUGAAGAGUGUUUACUUAAAAGUGCUAACUGUUUUGACAUAGUCGUGGAUGCAGUUAAGUGUGUACAAGGUUCUGGUGGACUUUUCCCUGAUGCUCGGCCAUCCACAACUGAAAAAUAUAUAUUUGUUCACAAAACUGAGGAAAGCGGAGAAAACCAACAUACAUUUUGCUAUAAUAUUAAAACUGAUUCGUGGAAAAUACUGCCACAAUCAUACCUGACUGACUUACCAGGAUCUAGUCUGUCCAGUUAUGGAGAGAAAAUAUUCUUGACAGGAGGCUGCAAAGGGACAUGUUGUAGAACAGUUCGACUUCAUAUUGCAGAGUUGUAUCAUGAUGCCACUGAUCAAACCUGGUGCUACUGUCCAGUCAAAAAUGAUUUCUUCUUGGUAUCAACUAUGAAAACACCAAGAACCAUGCAUGCAUCAGUUAUGGCUCUCAAUAGAUUAUUUGUCAUAGGUGGAAAGACUAGAGGAGCACAGGACAUUAGAAGCCUCUUAGCUGUUGAGUCUUACAAUCCUCUUUCCAAAGAAUGGGUUUCUGUUAGCCCUUUACCCAGAGGUAUUUACUAUCCAGAAGCAAGUGCAUGUCAAAAUGUGAUUUAUGUCCUUGGGUCAGAGGUAGAGAUUGCAGAUGCCUUCAAUCCAUCACUUGAUUGCUUUUUUAAAUAUAAUGCUGCAACUGAUCAGUGGUCAGAACUAGUGGCAGAGUUUGGACAGUUUUUUCAUGCAACACUAAUUAAAGCUGUCCCAGUAAAUUGCACACUGUACAUAUGUGACCUUUCUACCUAUAAGGUGUAUAGUUUUUGUCCAGAAACUUGUGUUUGGAAGGGUGAAGGAUCCUUUGAAUGUGCAGGCUUUAAUGCAGGUGCCGUUGGAAUUGAAGAUAAAAUUUAUAUAUUAGGUGGUGACUAUGCACCAGAUGAAAUCACAGAUGAAGUGCAGGUCUAUCACAGUAGCAGGUCUGAGUGGGAAGAAGUUUCACCAAUGCCAAAAGCCUUAACUGAAUUUUACUGCCAGGUGAUUCAGUUUAAUAAAUACAGGGAUCCAUGGUUUUCUAAUCAUUUCUAAAAGUAGUAUGUGCUUAAACAUUCUAAAACAAUCCCAACUCUAGGAGCCUGUAGUAAGUCUAUUAGCCAUAAUAGUUGCUUUGAAAAAAAAAAGUCUCUGCAUCUUAAAUAGAAUGUUCCUUUCAUUAGAUGAUUAUUAUGAAUGCACACUAAACAAAAUUAGGAAUUCUCAGAAACUCAAGGUACAUCUUACAAAAUAAAAAAUCAUACUAAAUAUAGUUUGAUCUUGGAGAAUUCAGAAUACAUAGUAUUUUUCUGAUUUGAUUUUUAAGUUACUGUGUUCAUGAGGAUGAAUAAAACAAAGCAAAUUUGUACUGCUUAGAUGAGGUUUUUUUCAGUAGUAAAAAUGAAUUUUAUUUAUACUCAGUAUAUGAAUUUAAAAGACACUAGAAAGAAGUCAGAAUCCUACUUUAUUGCUAAUGGUUCAAGAGUUAUUUAAUUCUUAUCCUUCCUGAUAAUAAGUAGCUUCUUUUAAAAAACCUUUUUUCUUAGGGGGCCAGGUGGUAGCAUAUUUGGAUAAGCACACACAUUACCAUGUACAAGGACCUGCAUUUGAGCCCUGCUCCCCACCUGCAGGGGGGCUUGGUGAAGCAGGUCUGCAGUGUUAGCUUUCUUUCUCACUCUCUAUGUCCCCAUUUCCUCUCAAUUUCUGUCCUACCAAAUGAAAAAAAAACAAUGCCAGAGAUAACCCUGGUGGCAAUAAAAUAAAAAAGUUUUCUUUCUUUUCACCAUUUGGUGAGAAAUUUUUCUAGGGUCAGAGAUAGCUCACCUAGUAGAGUGCACACUUUAUCAUGUCAAGGGCCCAGGUCCUAGUUCUUAGCUGACCACCAAAGGGAAACAAACACCUAUACUGAGAAAGCACCACAGGCAACAGAGCAGUGCUAUAGUGUUUCUCCUCCGUUUCUCUCUUCCUCUCUAAUAUAUAUAUAUGAAGAAAAGAUUCCCCUAGGAGCAGUGAAAACAUGCAGGCAUAAGGCACCAGCAAUAACUCUGGUGACCAAAGAAAAAGUAAAAAAGACAAGACAGAUCUCUAAAGUGCAAUGUAUUUCCCCAGCCUUCAAAACUACACUAAACAUGGCUUAACUGAAACCCAACUGUUCAUUAAGAGCAUAAUGUCCCAUGUUAUAGUGCCAUCAGCAGUUGCUAAAAUCCCUUGAAGAUGCCUUUCUUGGUUCUGUGUUGCUUGGUUUCCAUUUCUAGUAGUGGGGGCUGCAUGGUGGUGUACCCAGUAGAGCACACACAUGACCAUUUCUAAUAGUAUCAUCUCUCUUACUUCCUGACUCAGACUCAGUAAAUUAGCAUUCUUAAUUUCACUAUUAGUUCUGAGUUACACCUUAACUUGAAUUUACUUUGACAUGUAACCCACUGAGUGAAGUUCGUGGAUUCUCUGCGUUAUGGUCAGUUUCCAUCAUGACUGAGGUUAUAAAAAGUAAAAAGUCAGGCAGAGGGUAGAUAGCAUAAUGGUUAUGGAAACAGACUCUCAUGCCUGAGGCUCCAAAGUCCCAGGUUCAGUCUCCGGCAUCCCCGGCACCACCAUAAACCAGAGCUGAACAGUGCUCUGGUAAAAAAAAAAAAAAAAGUAAAAA